AUGUCGUCGGAGUUUUUCAACUGCACUUCCUAUACCACCCCCUGCCAGCAUAUUCGCGGCUUCCAUCACUCCACCGCGCAUUCGCAGGAAGAGCAGUUGCAUAUCGCCAUCAAGAAGUAUACUCCACUGACCCAGGUGGAUGCUAGGAGCGAGGGCAGGGAACAGGUCACUAUCAUUGCGUGUCAUGCUCUUGGCACGCCGAAAGAGCUGUACGAGCCGCUGUUUGAUGAGUUGUACAAGGCUGCCGAAGCGCCCAGCAGCACUUGGGCCGUUCGCUCCAUUUGGAUUGCAGACCUCGCAACGCAUGGAGAAAGUGGGAGGUUAAACGAGGGGAAGCUCGGGGUUGACGUAUGCUGGGAUGACCACGCCAGAGACUUGCUGCACAUGGUCAACGUCUUCCGUGACCAGAUGCCACAACCGCUCGUGGGGAUCGGCCAUAGCAUGGGCGGCCAGAACAUCAUCCAACUGAGUCUGUUGCACCCUCGCCUCUUUGCCGCCGUGAUCCCCAUUGAGCCAAUCGUCAACGGAGCCCACGAUAUGAAGUUUUACGGAUCUGUAAUCAUCAUAAAUCGCCGCGACGUAUGGGAGUCAAGGGAAGAAGCGUACGCAACAACCAGCAAGGGGAUCUUGAUGCGCAAUUGGAACCGUCGGGUAUUGGAGAGGUGGAAGCAGUAUGGAUUCCGCGAUUUGCCCACUUUGCUAUAUCCUGAGGCUCCGAAGGAAAUAACUGCCAAAGCUUCGAAGAAUGCUACGACGCCAGUCACCCUCGCCAGCACCAAACAUCACGAAGCUCACGGACUCGCUCGCCAUGCUUAUCCAGCUCCGGACCAGCCGCUGGAAAGCUUUACUCCAGCGGCGCCAUCGCAUGCCGAUCUGACCAAAGAGGAGCAUGCGCAGAUGAAAGCACCCUUCUACCGACCGGAAGCUGUGCUGACUGCUCGUCAGCUGCCCCUAAUGCGGCCUCUAUGUCUUUACAUCUGGGGUGGGAAGUCGAUUUUCUCAUCCGCCACGCCCAAGAGCCGAAAAGAAAAGCUCGAGCAGACGGGGACAGCUCCUGGCGGGAGUGGAGGGGUGAAGACAAACUCCGUUGCAGAGAUCGUUCUGGAGAAUGAGGGCCAUUUCGUUCCGUUCGAGAAGCCUGAGCUCGUCGCGAGAGCAGUGCACGGAUGGUUGGGUCCGAUGCUGCAACGGUGGAGAGAAGAGCACUCGGUGCUGGAUAAGAUCAAGGCCGAGUUGGAUCCGAGAGAGAUGGCUAUGGUUGGGGAGGACUGG